GAAACCAAGAAAGCACCGAAACUCGGUUUCUCCUCCGGCGCAAAAGAGGAUUUCCCGUCGCCGAGCUGGAGUUUGAUUCCCGCCAAUUGUAUAGAGGAAGAGGAUGAGAUGGAUGAAUCGAAGAUGGAGGAGUGUUGUCUUGAGAAUAAACAAUUAACCACUGCAUCCAGCUCUUCUGUAUCUUUAUCUGAAGGCAGCGGUAGUGCUGUUGUUAAGUCCCCAGCAAUAUCUAGCCCAGUAGCUACAUCACCCACGCAUCGGAGGACAAGUGGCCCCAUUAGGCGAGCAAAAGGUGGCUGGACUCCUGAGGAGGACGAGACAUUAAGAAAUGCAGUAGCGGCAUAUAAGGGGAAGAGUUGGAAGAAAAUAGCUGAAUUUUUUCCUGAUAGAUCAGAGGUGCAGUGUCUACAUCGAUGGCAGAAGGUCCUUAAUCCAGAUCUUGUUAAAGGACCUUGGACUCAAGAGGAAGAUGAUAAAAUCAUUGAACUUGUAUCAAAAUAUGGACCCACAAAAUGGUCUGUCAUUGCCAAGUCGUUGCCUGGACGUAUAGGGAAACAAUGCCGAGAGAGGUGGCACAAUCAUUUGAAUCCAGAUAUAAAGAAGGAUGCUUGGACGUUAGAGGAGGAAUUAGCCCUCAUGGAUGCACAUCGUACAUAUGGGAACAGAUGGGCAGAAAUAGCUAAGGUUUUACCCGGAAGGACUGACAAUGCAAUAAAGAAUCACUGGAAUAGUUCCUUGAAGAAAAAGCUAGAUUUCUAUCUGGCUACUGGGAAGCUUCCCCCAGUAGCAAAAAGUGGUCUCCAAAAUGGCAGCAAAGAUAUGACUGGAUCUGCUACAACGAAAGGUUUGCUUGUUUGCUCUAAUAAAGAAUCAGAUUCUACUGCUCAAACAUCAUCAGGGACUACAGAUAUAUGCAAAAUGGAGGAAGAUGGAAAAGAUCAGUUAGAUUCCUCUACUCCGGUUCCAGAUGCAGCUGCUUCAUCAUGUGUUCCUGAUGAAUUUGCUGAUGAUGAAGGUGCAGAAUGUAGGCAACAGUCAUCCAAUGCCAAACCUUGCUGCAAUAAUGCAGAGUCAGGACCAAGGUUAGAGAAUCAUGCAAUCAGUUCUGAAAUUGUUGAAGAUAAGGUUACUGGGCUGCAAGUUCAACCUGGCACUCCAACUUAUGGUUCCUUGUAUUAUGAGCCACCUAGGUUGGACAGUUGCAUUUCAUUAGAUUCAGAUCUUUUAAGCAAAUGCAGUUUGCAGCAUCACUGGAGCUCUAGUCCUAUUGUGUCACCUAUUUAUUUCUUCACUCCACCUUGUACCAAGGGCAGUGGUUUAAGUGCCCAGAGUCCUGAAUCUAUUCUUAGAAUGGCUGCCAAGAGCUUCCCCAAUACACCUUCCAUAUUUCGAAAGAGAAAGGUGGGAGCUCAGUCACAUCUGCUUCCUAAUAAAGUGGGGAAAGUGGAUGUGAAAAUAGUCAAGGAGAGGAUCCAAUUGUUGAGUGAACAUGAAAGACACAGCAACAGUUCAGAGAAGGCUCAGUUUCAUGAUGCAAAUUCAUCUGAGAGUCCUGUUUGUCAAGGUAAUAGCAGUAUUGGGCUUAACACCAAGGCUUUUAAUGCCUCUCCUCCCUACAGGUUAAGAUCCAAAAGGAGUGCAGUUUUUAAAUCUGUUGAGAGGCAACUUGAGUUUAGUUUUGAUAAAGAGAAAUCUGAUGGUCAUAAAGAAGCUUCAGAAUUAUCUAUGAAUGGGAGCUUUGUCAUUGAAGAUUGCUUGCAAGCAACAAAGAUGGGGAUCACCUAGGGCACAAACUGGAGUGGAGAGGCUGGAGAGAUAAUCUUGAAGCUGCCACAGGCAUCGGUUUUAUUUUUGUUGGUGCUCAUCCCAGACAAAUGCGCCUUCAAUGCCAUAGCUUCAUUGUUUCACAGAUAUAGUAGCUCCAUGUUUUGUAGGCAUGGUAAUCGUCCGUCAUUAUUAGGUAUACUGAGUUCCUUUGCAUCAUUGCAAACAGCAGUAGGCUUCUGGUCUAUGUAGAAUAAAAGAGGGAAGACUCCCUAUCCCUCAUGAAGAAUACUGACCAUUCUGUACAGAGCCCUUUUUCUGACUGAAGAAAAUGCAUGGAAAAAUCUCAAAGUCAGACAUGUAGUUAACUUCCCCACCAUUUGUAACACUGAUAAUUUAGGGAGCAGCAACAGAGGUAACUCUUACUGCUAAAAUACGUUCUAUUUAACUAAAAGGUCUUUUGUUUACAUUAUUACCUUUUUCUCGGAGAUGAAUAGAAAAUUGAUUUUACACGAUUUCUCUUUUACUGGACCUCUGUGUAAUUAAUUGACUUCCAUUUCCAUGUUAUCUUGCCUGGUGGGUGAUUUCUUGGGAAGUCUUUGUGUUGCACUCCUUGUCUUUCUUCCUCAAAUUCGUUAAUUUUUUAAAAUGACUUGUAGAGUUAGCAUAAAGAUUUGUUCUCACCGGUAUGAGUGGGGGUUUGAACUCUGAUUUUUUCUCCUCACCCCUCUUCAUGAGGGUUUUAAAUUAAAGCUCAUUAAAUGACAAUUGUGUGU